GAAUACUGCAGAGGACUGGGGCCUCAUCUUAGAUAUCUGUGAUAAAGUUGGACAGUCGCGCACAGGAUGAUGCCUCAGAUUUGUGGUGAUCAACAUGCACUACCGAUUUGCAGUUCUCCCAUUUGGCCUGUCAGCGGCCCCUCGGGUAUUUAUGAAGUACCUGGUGGUCGUUGCAGUGUUCAUGAGGAGGCAGGGGAUUCAGCUUUACCCUUACCUUGAUAACUGGCCAGAGCCUUCCUCCAAGCAGGGCAUUCCAGGCAGUAGUGAUGCUUAUAGAGAGCCUCAGAUAUCAUCCCAUCGCAACUGCAAGAAACUGCUUGAAACUCCUAGGCCACAUAGCCUCAUCCACUUGUGUGGUGCUGCAUGCAAGACUUGAACUCCAGCCUCUCCAGUCAUAGCUGGCAAUGGUAUACUUGCUAAGCCAACACGAUUUGGACAUAGUGAUUACAGUUCCCCUGUCAGUGCUUGCCUCUCUCAAGUGGUGGCUAGACCCCCUGAUGGUGUAUGCAGGAGUCCUGUUCUCAAGGGUCCAACCAUCAGUAUCUCUCAUUACAGAAGCUUCAGUGAGGAGCUGGUGUGCUUACUUGGGUUCCCUCAGAACUCCGGGCCUCUGGUCUCAGGAAGAGUGUUCCCUGCAUCAUCAACGUCAGGGAGCUCAGUGCAGUGGGCCUGGCUUUCCAGGCAUCCCAGCCUCAGGUAGCAGGCAAGAAUGUGUCAAUUCUCACAGACAACACAACGGUGAUGUUUUUUAUCAACAGGCAGGGAGAAGUGCGUUCCUUUCCCUGUGUCAAGAAGUGCUUCGCUUGUGAGAAUUUUGCAUAGCCGACUCGAUCCACCUCGAGGCCUCCUCGCUGCCGGAACGCAGAACAGUCUAGCGGAUCACCUCAGCAGAUCCUUCUCCAGCCAUCAUGAGUGAUCCAUUCACCCAGAUGUCAUGAAAACCAUUUUCCGGAGGUGGGGAAUGCACCAGAUAUACCUGUUCGCGACAAAGCAUGACAAGAAGUGUCUGCAUUUCUUCUCCCUCCUGGGCCACAGCCCCAGAUCUCUCAUAGACGCCUUCCUCCUCCCUUGGAUGGGUCAUCUCUUCUAUGUGUUUCCUCCUAUUCCUCUCAUACCCAGGGUCUUGCUGAGAAUCAGAAGAGACAGAGUGUGAGUCAUCCUGAUAGCCCCUGCAUUGCCCCACCAAUGUUGGUUUACCACACUUCUGGCCUCUCGGUGGACACCAAUCCUUCUGCCUCUGUAUCCAGACCUGAUCUCGCAGGACCACAGCUACCUGCAUCACCUGAUCCUCGAGUCCCUCCAUCUGACAGCCUGGAAGCUCUGUGGCUGAACCCCGCAGAGAUAGCAUGCUUGGAGCAGGUCCAUGAGGUCCUACUAGGGAGCAGGAAGCCCUCCACCAGACCUAUUUACCUGGCAAAGUGGAAGAGGUUCUCUGUCUGGUCCAUGGAGAAGAGAGUAUUGCCUACAGAAUCAUCGAUACUAUUCAUUUUGGUCUACUUACCACACCUGAAGCAACAAGGUCUAACUGUGGCAUCUAUUAGAGUCCAUCUGGCCACAAUCUCAGCUUUUCACUCAUGGGUGAAUGGCUUAUGUGUGUUCUUGAACAACAUUUCUAAUUGGUUUCUUAAGGUUUGAGAGAGUGUACGACAACCAAUCUCUCCCUUGAACCUCAAGCUGGUAUUAUCAAACCUGACAGAAUCCCCAUUUGAGCCGCUGGCGACACACUCUCUCUUCUGUGUCCUAGAGGUGACCACCAGGCCAUUACUUUUGCCAGAAAUGUCUCAGAGAUCCAUGCCCUAACAUCAGAACCACCAUACACAGUAGUCUUCAAGGACAAGGUCCAAUUGCGUCCUCAUCCAACCUUCCUUCCGAAAGUGGUUUUGCAGUUCCAUAGUAAACAGGCUAUCUUCCUGCCGGUCUUUUAUCUGAAACCACAUAUGCAUAGGAAAGAACAAAGCCUCCAUUUGCUAGAUAUUAGACAUGCACUGGCCUUCUACAUAAAAAGGACUAAACCAUUUUGGAAAACUACUCAACUAUUCGUAGCCAUUGCAGCCAGGAUGAAAUGUGUCUUCCUGUUUCAGCCCAGAGAAUUUCAUCAUGGAUGACAUCCUGCAUCCACACAUGCUAUGACCUGGCAAAGGUUCCUGCUUCACCUGCCCUGACAGUACAUUCCACAAAGGCCCAAGCAUCUUAGGUAGCAUUCAUAGCACAAGUUCCUAUCCAGGAAGUUUGUAGAUUGGUGAUGUGGUCGUUAGUGCACACUUUUGUUUCUCAUUACACCAUCGCCAACCAGGCUAGGGACAAUGCUGGAUUUGGCCAAGUGGUGUUGCAAGUCAGUGUGUCAAUAGACUCCAAACUCUUCUCCUGGACAGCUGCUUGGGAAUCACCUACACUGGAGUGAACACGUGCAAGCACUCAAAGGAAAAAUGGUUACUAACCUUUCCAUAACUGUUGGUCUUCAAAGUGUGUUGAACAUGUCCUUCCAAGACCCGCCCUCCAACCCCACUUCACAGUGGGCCUGAAAGAAGGAACUGAGGGGCCAUGGGUCAGCAGGACCCUUUUAUACUGGUGCUAUGAGCGUGCAACUCCUGGGGGGACUAGAGCUGACACAACAGAUACCACUGAGGGGAAAACUUCCGGCAUCUGUGCUCAGACCGAGCACACACCUACAUAGGAAUGGACACGUGCAACACAUCUUGAACAACAGCCGUUACGGAAAGGCCUAAGGAUUGCCUUCGGUCUGUUAUGAAGAGAAUGAACCAUAAAGAUCCUCAUGUUGCUAUGCAAGCACUGACACUUCUAGGAGCAUGCGUAUCAAACUGUGGUAAAAUCUUUCAUUUAGAAGUAUGUUCGAGAGAUUUUGCUAGUGAAGUAAGCAACGUAUUGAAUAAGGGUCAUCCAAAAGUCUGUGAAAAGCUAAAAGCCCUCAUGGUGGAAUGGACAGAUGAAUUCAAGAACGACCCACAGCUUAGUCUAAUAUCUGCCAUGAUAAAAAAUCUUAAGGAACAAGGAGUUACAUUUCCAGCUGUUGGUUCACAGGCUGCAGAACAAGCAAAAGCAAGCCCAGCUCUAGUAGCCAAAGAUCCUGGUACGGCAGCUGACAAAAAGGAAGAGGAAGAUUUAGCAAAAGCCAUUGAAUUGUCUUUAAAAGAACAAAGACCACAGCAAACAACACUUUCCAGUUUGUAUCCAAGCACGUCAAGCCUCUUAACGAACCACAAACAUGAGGGCCGAAAGGUUCGCGCAAUCUAUGAUUUUGAAGCUGCUGAAGAUAAUGAAUUAACAUUUAAGGCUGGAGAACUUAUAACUGUACUUGAUGACAGCGAUCCAAACUGGUGGAAAGGUGAAACUCACCAAGGAAUAGGAUUAUUUCCCUCUAAUUUUGUAACAGCUGACCUUACUGCUGAACCAGAAAUGAUGAAAACGGAGAAGAAAACAGUACAGUUCAGUGAUGAAGUUCAAGUAGAGACAAUAGAACCUGAGCCUGAACCAGUUUAUAUUGAUGAAGAUAAAAUGGACCAACUGUUACAGAUGUUACAAAGUGCAGAUCCAACUGAUGAUCAGCCGGACCUCCCAGAGCUGCUUCAUCUUGAAGCAAUAUGCCACCAAAUGGGACCUCUCAUUGAUGAAAAGCUGGAAGAUAUUGAUAGGAAACAUUCAGAACUUUCAGAGCUCAAUGUUAAGGUCAUGGAGGCUCUUUCAUUAUAUACCAAGUUGAUGAAUGAAGAUCCAGUGUAUUCCAUGUAUGCAAAACUACCAAACCAACAUUAUUAUAUGCAGUCUUCUGGUGUUUCUGGCUCUCAGGUUUACCCAGGGCAGCCUCAAAGUAGUACAUAUCUGGUGGCAGGAAGUGCGCAAAUGGGCCAUAUUCAAGGCUAUAAUCUUCCCCAAGAACAACUUCCUUCUCUCAACCAAGGCACAGUUCCUCAAUCGGGAAGCUCAGGACUGCCUAGUCAGCCAGCUCAGACAUCUUAUGCUAAUGCAAUGGUCAGCUCUCUUCCUGGAAGCACAUAUUCCAAUCAGGCUUCAAUGUACAGUCCACCUCCUGCUGCUGUUGAUGUUACUGCUUACCAGAAUGCUGGAACUAAUGUGUCCCAGGUGCCAAACUAUAACUUAGCAUCUUCGUCUCUGCCUCCACCAGCAGGCAGUCAACAACCGCCGCCACCACAACCACAUACUUACUCCCAGAAGGCACUACUAUAAGACCCAGGACUUCUGAUUCCUAAUCUUCUCUAACCUCUGCUAAAUGCAGUUGACAAUGUUAUAAGCUCCUUCCUUUAAUCUCUUAAACAUUGUUUAUCCUCAGUUUAAUAGGAAUCUACCCUGGUGAACAGGUUCAAUGAUUCAAUUUGCACUGACUUUUUAGGAUUUUUUUUAAUUUUGCAGCGGAACAAAAAUAUUUAGGACACUUAAUUCCGUUUAAAAGGCCUAAGAUUGGUACAAUAUUUAUGUCUGGUAAAAUUGGCUAAUCUGUGAAAACUCAACUUGCAAACUUUUGUGGCAUAAAUGUUAUGUAUAUAAUAGUGUGUGUUUGCAAUAGUGGCCAUUUGAAAUAGCUAUGGUGAUCAUGUGAAUAUAUUUAACACACUGUUAAAAUAUUUUACAUUACUGUUUUAUUUUAAUCAUGAACAGAUGACCGUGUUUCACAGUUGUACCCAGUUUUGUGAAGGAUGUGAUAUCCUUUUGCAAUGCAGGAAAAUGCUUAAAUCUGCAUAUCAUGGUUAAUAUUUACAUGCUAAGGUCUAUAUUAAUUUCCAAACUUAACUACAUGUAGGUUUCAUUCAUUGUGAAUUGAAUUUAAGUAUAUCAUGACUUCCUGUAGUCUGCAGUACUAUUAGCUGGCAUUAUCUACCAAAGUAAACUAGUUAACAUUUUAAAUGGUCUGGUGAGGUCACAGCAAAUGAUGAUUCUGUUUUAGAAUAAUAAUUAUUUAAAACACCUAUUUACAGGCUGCUAAACAUAUCAUGGGACCAUGAAACUGACUAGAAUCUUACAACUUAUUGUUUAAAGCAUAUAAUGAUGUACUUUUCCAUACUAGCCUUGUAUAACUAGCGUUCUGGAUUGUAUUGUGUGUAUUGGUGAAGAUUACACCAAAGACAGAGAAACUGAGUUUGAAUGGGAAUGAAUGGAAUUUUUAAACUGGAACAAAAACGUGAAUACACUACAUUAUUCAUGACUCUUAUAAUUAUUUAGAUCACACACAAAGAAUUGUGGACAGAUAUAGUCACUUGGCUGAGCAAACCUUUACAUUUUUAUUUUAACUCUUGUGGCCCUGCUUAGCAAAAUUGUUCUGUGUAGUGUUAUUACACAAAACACUUCAGCCUUAAUCCAACAUCUCUUCUUAAUUUCCUAAUUUUUAGUUGUCUGAAGCCUUGUUGUUUGUUUAAUUCCUUCUCUAGUAUGAAUAGUUUCUCAUUUCACUUUCUCAAAACUCUUCAUAAUUUGGUUAAAAUUUUAGAUCAUUUUACAUUCUGUUCUGCAGUGAUGUAAAUUUACACAGGUUGUCCUGUCUCUCACUCUUUGGGGCAUGAAACUCUCUGUAUGCCACUUAUAAACUCAGUGAAAGGGUAACAGUAACUGAAUAAAUCAUUUUAGAGGGGUCUAAUCAAUGUAUCUUCUACAAAAGAAUGUUUGUUUUGAUUUGUAUUCUAUUUCUGUUGAUGCAUCUUAGCAUCCUGUUUGCUUUUUUUUUAAUGCAGCCCAUUUUGAGUAGGCAACUUUAUAGAUCUCUCAAUAUAAAACGCACAUUCUGGUUUUGGUUAGCAUACAUGCCAUAACUGGUUAAUUUAAUAUUUAUUUUCCAUUUUAAUGUAUUCCUUCUUAAGUUUAAUUCUUGUACACAUGUUAUUGCUCAGUUAUUUUGACUAUCCAGUAUUUUCUGAAUCUGUUUGCAGUGUUCAUACUUAUUUGCCAUGUCUUUAGGUUUGCUAUCAUUAGCAAACAUUGGUCUAUAUCUUGCCUGUGAAUUCUGUCAGCCAAAUAGAUUGCAUAAAUACUAAACAAGAUGGUUGCAAACCUCAA